AUGAAUCUCAAUGAAAGCUACCUAGAUGCUGAGGUACCGAACAGUAAAUUGAAGCAUAGUAAAAGUGGAAAUUUUGAAUGCAUUCCAGUUGUGGCAACAACUUCAGAGCCAACGACAUCGGUUAAUCUAGAUGAAACAUUUUUCAAAAAGGCACCUCUAGCAACGCCGAUAUCCAAUGAUCAUUCCGUUAGUAAGUCUACCUCUAUAAAUUCUUUGAAUACAGCAUAUGUGGCAUCCAGAAGAUCUCCUUUGCAAGCAAAGAAAUUGCAGGUUAAAAACAAUUUGCUGUCAGCAGAUUUGGCAAAGAGCAAUGAUGAUAUAAUGCCAACGUUAAACAGUUCGAAAAAGGAUCCUGGUCCUUAUUUGGACUGCGAGAAUGACAUCAGGAGUCGCUUGGCGGAAAGCAUAUACUCCAUGGAAACUUCUCUAAGAGGAUCUGAACUACAAAGACGACCCUAUGUAAGUAACGAAAUUCCCAACGUAUUCAAGUUCUCAAUGUUUAAUAGUAACAGCGAAUCAAGUGAAAACCAGGCCCCUUGUGAUAAAAAUUUUCUCAUAUUCACUUCAGCGGGUAAACCGAUCUACUGCAUGCAUGGCAAAGACGAACAGAUCAUGUCAUAUACGGGGCUCAUUAAUACUGUAAUAAGUUACUUCCAAGUCAAUGGGCCAUCGGAAUUAAAAACCAUAUCGACUUUAACUUCUGGUAAAAGGCUUACUUUUUUGGAUAAAUCACCCAUAUUACUAAUGGCACAAUCCGAAAGAGGCGAGUCCUCAAACGAAUUGUUGAAUCAGCUGGAUUUUCUAUAUUCAUACAUUCUUUCGUCUUUAAGUGAACGACAAUUGCUUAGGUUAUUCUCCAAAAGGGAAAAUUUCGACUUAAGAAAUUAUUUGGAAACCACAGAUUUUGAAAAUUUAAAUGAAAUAUGUUCGCUGAUCUGUAACAGAAUGUUUCCCGACUUACUAUUGAACUCUUUACAAUGCUUACCGUUUCACCAUUCUUCAAGAUUAAAGUUACAGAACGUAAUUUUACAACAAUUAGAGAAAAGGCAGGAUAUUCCCAGGGGAACUUUAUUAUAUGGCUUGAUAAUUGCGCCUCAAAAUAAAUUGUGCUGUGUUCUUCGACCAAGAGGUCAUACUUUGCACACUACAGACUUGCAUCUUCUAUUUUGCCUAAUAUCUCAUCAAUUUCAAAACCUAGACGAAACUCAAGAACUUUGGGUACCCAUAUGUUUCCCAAAAUUUAACUCAAGUGGUUUUCUUUAUUGUUAUAUCAAGUUUCUACCUAAUGAUACUUAUAGCAAUGAAAAAUCGGCACUAGUACUGAUAAGUGCACAAAAGGAUGCAUUCUUUUCACUGAAGUCGUUUAGUGACGAGUUAAUUAUUAAACUCGAAAAAGAGAGGCUACUGAAAAAGAUAAAUGCUUCUAAGAGGUUUAAGCUUAGCGAUAUACCGGCACCUAUGGUUCAUCACUUUAUAUAUAAAUCGAAGCAAAACGUUCAAUAUGUUAUGCCGCACUUUGAAGUCAACAGUAACAUUGCCCUGGAUUCUUCACAGGGGCUGGAAUAUGAAUUGAAAUUGAAGACAUACUACCAACAAUUGCACGGCACGGUGGUAAGAGAUAAUGGCAACCUGUUGAGUAGGUCUAUGUUAAAUUUUGUUAGAUGGAGUUCCAAAGACAAUGAAGACUUGAAAAUGAACGAAACAAGAAUGGAUUUUUCUGAAUUGGAUGAGUACAUCAUUGGGAAUUCGUCAUUCGAACAAGAGUCAGUUAAUAUGUUAGGGAUGGCAUGGGUAACGCCCACGUUUGAAUUGUAUCUGAUUGGAAAUAACGGUGUUGUUGACAAAAGGGUUUUAUUCAAGAGUGCGAGAAAAGUAGCUAAUUGGUGUCAAAAACACGAGUCGAGACUAUUUAUAAGUGAUGGUGCCGUCUUUUGA